CUUCUCAAUUUCUCAUCCCCACAAAAAGCAACCAUGGCCAGACUCUCCUCUGUUUUCAUCCUCCUUAUCAUUUCCCUUCUUGGCCAUGGCAUUAUCAAGCUUGAAGCCUCACACCAUCUUCACAAAAACCUUGUAAGCCAUGAAUCCACCUUUACGAACGCAACUAGUCAACCUUACAGAACAGGGUACCACUUCCAACCCCCCAUGAAUUGGAUCAAUGAUCCUAAUGGACCAAUGAUUUACAAGGGAAUCUACCAUUUGUUCUACCAGUACAACCCAAAAGGAGCUGUGUGGGGCAACAUUGUGUGGGCCCACUCUACAUCGACGGAUCUCAUCAACUGGACCCCACACGAUCCCGCAAUCUACCCAUCACAGCCUUCCGAUAUCAACGGUUGCUGGUCGGGUUCCGCCACAAUCCUCCCUGGAGACAAACCGGUCAUUUUCUACACAGGAAUUGACCCGCAAAAGAAACAGGUCCAAAACAUGGCAGUACCCAAGAACUUAUCCGACCCGUAUCUCAUCGACUGGGUCAAGUACUCCAAGAACCCGCUGAUGGAACCGACAUGGGAGAACCAAAUCAAUGCCAGCUCAUUUAGGGAUCCGACAACAGCAUGGUUUGGACCGGAUAAGAGAUGGAGAUUGAUUGUUGGGAGCAAAAGACACCGUAGAGGACUAGCAAUUUUGUAUAGAAGUAAAGACUUUGUGCAUUGGAAUAAAUCACAGCAUCCACUACAUUCCGCCAAGGAUACAGGGAUGUGGGAGUGCCCUGAUUUUUUUCCGGUCUCCUUCAGCGGCCAAGACGGCGUCGACACAUCGGUGAUGGGUCCGGAUGUUAAACAUGUGCUGAAGGUGAGUUUGGACGACACUAAACAUGAGUAUUACACUAUCGGGACAUAUAACUCGGUUAAGGACAGCUAUAUCCCGGAUAAGGGAUCAGUGGAAAGUGAUGCUGGGUUAAGAUAUGACUAUGGAAAGUUUUACGCUUCCAAGACUUUCUUUGAUGGUGAUAAGAAAAGGAGGAUCUUGUGGGGUUGGAUAAAUGAGUCAUCGAGUGUCGGUGAUGAUAUAGCAAAAGGAUGGUCAGGAUUACAGGCAAUUCCACGACAUAUUUGGCUGGAUAGAUCCGGGAAACAACUGGUCCAAUGGCCGAUUAAAGAAAUAGAAAAGCUUCGCCAAGGUCCAGUUAACUUGAAUAAUCAAGUGCUUAAGGGAGGAGGAUCAGUGGUUGAAGUCUCUGGUGUCACAGCAGUGCAGGUUGAUGUUGAGGUUUCGUUUGAAUUGUCCCACAUUGAGAAAGCAGAAAAGAUGGACCCAAGUUGGACCAACCCACAAUUACUUUGUAGCCAAAAGGGUGCAUCGGCGAAAGGUAGUUUCGGACCAUUUGGGUUGUUAGUUUUGGCUUCAAAAGGAAUGCAAGAAUAUACAGCAGUUUUCUUUAGAGUAUUCCAAGACCAGAACAACAAAUAUGUGGUGCUUAUGUGCAGUGACCAAAGCAGGUCUUCAUUGAAUGAAGAAAAUGACAAGACCACUUAUGGUGCUUUUGUUGAUGUGGAUCCUGUUCAUGAGAAGCUGUCACUGCGAAGCUUGAUUGAUCACUCCAUAGUGGAGAGCUUUGGUGGGGAAGGGAAGGCUUGCAUUACAGCAAGAGUGUAUCCAACUCUGGCAACAGGUGGUGGUGCCCGCUUGUAUGCUUUUAAUAAUGGAACGCAAAGUGUCACUAUCAACAGCUUGAGUGCUUGGACCAUGAAGAAAGCUCAAAUCAACUAGAGACUGCUAGAAAACCCAAAACACAGUGGAGAAGUGGGGAUCCGAUGGGGAAAUAAAACCUAAAUACAAAAAAAGAUGGACAGAUACCAGUUCAUGUAUUUACAUUGUUUAUGUUGCUACCUUUCCAUUCCCUUCUGGAAUAAACCUGUACCCAGGAAUAAAGUUUUUAUGAACUAUUCUUUCCCAAUAAAAAUAUGGUAUUUGUUGAAA